AUGAUCAUGACAUUAAGAAUCAUUAAUACUUCAAUGAUAAAAUUUCCAUUACCGCUUGCUUGUUGGCAUCUCGAGAGCAGUAUUUGGAAAGCUGACGAAAUAAACUCGAUCUUUACACUCAUUCCUGAACAAUGCCGGAUUGAGAGUGAGAAGGAGGGAAGAAGAGUUAUUGACAAAUAG